AUGUCUGGCCAAGGCCCCUACGGCGGAGGUGGUUAUCCGCACCAACCCCAAGGCGGAUACGGCUACAAUCCGCAGGACUUCGGCGGGCCUCCCCAACCUUCAUAUGGCGGGCACGACCAAUAUGGCGGCUCAGGCCAGUAUGCGCCUCCGCAGGCGCAAUACCCCCCACCUACCCACUCACCCUACCAGCCAGGCGGUUACCAGCCUCCGCAACAAGGCGGCUACCCACAACCCUCAGGCUACGUCCAACAUGACUACUCUUCCACUGCGGUAGCGCCGUACGACAGCCACAACCAGCCUCCCUACCAACCGCCUCAGCAGGGCUACGGCGCACCUUCCUACCCCGACCAAGGUUACCGCGACCAGAACUACCAGCAAGGCCAGUACGGUCAGCAUGGCGGACACUACGACCAAGGCGCUCCUGGUGGCGCGGCCGACGGCGAUCGAGGCCUCGGGUCUACGCUGAUCGGAAGUGCUGGCGGCGCGUUUGUCGGGCACAAACUCGGUGGCGGUGUGCUCGGGACGCUCGGAGGACUCGUCGCAGGUGCUGUGGCAGCUAACGCGCUCGACGAUAAGCAUGAUAAAAAGAAGAAAGACAAGAAGCACAAGAAGCAUAGCGGCAGCUCCGAAUACUCCUCCCAUCACGGCGGCAGCUCCCACUACACCGGCAGCAGCAGCACUUCGCACCUCUCGGCCGGCUCCGCAGCAAUGGGCGGCCUCUACGGCGCCUCCUCGCACGGCGGCGGCCACAAGAAACACCGCAAGCACCGCUCGCGCAGCCGCAGCCGCGGCGUGAGCUCCAGCAGUAGUAGUAGCGACUCGGACUAG